AUGGCUAGGACCACAAUCUCCAUUAAGUGGGAACCCCCGGAGCUCACCCCCUAUAAGCUCAACAGUGAUAGAGCCUGUCAAGGCAAUUCUGGGGUAAGAGGAAUAAGAGGAGUAAUUCGGGAUAGAAGUGGGAACUGGGUCUUGGGCUACAUGAAGAGACUCCCACAUACCACUAAUAAUCUUGUGGAAUUAACAGCUAUCAUGCAGGGACUCAAACUUGCUAUGGAACACAAUCUAAUGCCUCUAGAGAUCAACACUGAUUCAACUGAGGUAAUUAAAAUGAUCAAUGAGGGACAUUUGUCUUACAAUUCUAUUAUUUCUGAUUGCAGAUGCUUGAUGAGAAAGCUAGCACAUCCGGUGCUAAAGCAUAGUUAUCGAGAGCAAAACAAGGUUGCAGACCUUUCGGCUGAGGAGGGUGGGAAGCAGCAUCUUUUUGAAGGAAUGGAAAUCCUGGCAGUUCCACCAAUGUUUGUUAGGAAAGUUUUUUGGGCGGACAGGGUUGAAACUGUUUAUGAUCGGAAUGUAAAUUUUUUGUGCUGUAACACCCAUAAGGGUGCAAAUUCUGGACAACCUAAUGGCUCUAAUGCCAUAAACUCCAAUGUAGUUUCUGUAGAUAUUGGCUAA